AUGGCGUCCACGUCGGUCAAGAGCAAGAAACGCAGCCGCAACGCACAGGCUGCAGCUCUUGAGACCUCUGCACCUGCUGCGUCCUCUGAAAGUAGCAGUGGUAGCGACAGCGAGGACGAAGAGGUGGCAAACGCCCUGUUCCGUCCCGCUCCUAGACAAGAGAUUGAAGCGGAACUAGAGCAGGUAGAACAGGAGGAAGGAGAGGCUGACAACGACGUGGUGCGCAAAGAGGAGGAGGAGGAAGACGAAGAAGGGAGUGGUGCGGUGGGAAAGAAACGGAAGCCGAAGAAGGUGAAGACGGAGAAACAACCGCAAGGCGAAGAGGACGAGGAGCUGAGGGAGGAGAUCGACCGUAAGACGGAGGCGACAGUCUACGUGGAAGGAAUUCCAUACCGAGCUAGUGAGAGUGACUUGGUGACGCACUUUGCGUCGUGUGGAACGGUGCGUGAAGUGCGAAUGCCUCGCUAUCAGGACUCGGGCAAACCCCGGGGCUAUGCGCAUGUGGUGUUUGAUGACGAGGCAGCACUUGAGAAGGCAUUGCGGCUGGACAAAUCGUACUUGUUUAAGCGCUACUUGUCGAUCCAAAUAGCAGAAGCGCCACGUGCUAUCGAGAUGGCUCUGAAAGAGAAAAACCAGAACGCAACGAAGAAGGCGGUGAAAGGAUGCCGUACAGUUUACAUUAAGCAGCUUCCGUACGAAGUUGAGGAGGACGUGAUUCGUGAGGCGCUGGCUCCGUGUGGCACUAUUACCAGUGUGCGACUGCCGAUUUGGCACCACACGCAGAAGCUCAAGGGCUUUGGGUACGUCGAGUUUUCAAGCGAAGACGAAGCGCUGGCUGCUGCUCGUCGCAGUGGCAUGAAGAUUGGCGACCGUAUGGUGCUCAUUAGUCUGGAUGCAUUGGGAAGCGCACCGAAGGCCAGCUUUCGCCAGCGAGAUGGACAGUACUGGAACAAGGGGGAGGAGGCCAAAAAGUCGCUAGCGAAGAAGAUCAGCGAGAAGCGGCAGCGUCAGAGUGCGACAAAGAAGCGAAAGACGUCGACUAGGUAG